GUUUGACCUACGUGCUGAAAGCGUCAAUUAUCAUGUCGAUGCUCACAAGCAAACACGGGCACCCGCUCGCUAUGCCCGAGCCACACAAUUCAAAUGAGCCAAAGGAGAAGGACGAGAUGGAAGAAGAUUGAAGCCUAUAAAGGUGGUCGUCGACGCGAAAUUGAGUGCAGCACUUCAAGAGCUUGUCCACAAUAAUCGAUCCGCCAAUCAUGGUCAAGAAGCCGACUUCUCUCAAUCUGGAGGCUUUCCACACCCUCGACAAAGAUAAACGUCAAGCUUAUCUGGCUGUUGUGGAUCAGCUUCGAGAGCUAGGCGUUGGAGAAGACUUGUCGCUUCCUCAGCUUGUGGUCGUUGGAGAUCAAUCCAGUGGCAAAUCCUCUCUUCUCGAAGGACUCACGGGGUUGUCUUUUCCCGUCGCAAGUGACUUGUGUACCCGGCAUGCGACACAGAUUGUUCUACGACGAGUGCCUGCUCAUGAAGCCGCAAUACGCAUCUCCAUCAUCCCGGGACCUAGCAGCAUCGAUAAUGCUGAUGAAAAAGAACGCUUGGGCAAAUUCGCCCGUUGUAUCAAGACCACCGCCUUUGGCGCCGAUGAAUUUGCUAGUAUUCUCGAUGAGGCUUCGGAGAUUAUGGGACUUCCACGUGCCGGAGCAACAGGUCUUGACAAUAUCGAGAAGAGGUUCUCCGACAACGUUCUGAAGGUCGAGCUGUCCGGUCCGGAGCACAAUCACCUGAGUGUUGUUGACGUCCCUGGGCUUUUUCACAAUCCAGCCAUUUAUCAGACCAAUGAGGACCUCGAAAUCAUCCGCAAGCUGAUCAUGGACUAUAUCUCGGACGCCCGUACCAUUAUCUUGGCGGUCAUAGAUGCGAGGAACAACUUGGCCAACCAAGAGGUGUUCAAGAUGGCACGUGGAAUUGAUCCACGGGGUGAUAGGACUGUGGGAAUCAUUACAAAGUGCGACGUCGUCCAAAGUGGCGAUGAAGCUGGGGUGAUUCGCAUCGCGCAAAAUUUGGUGGAGAAAUUGCAACAUGGAUGGUUUGCCGUUCGCAAUCGUUCACCUUCCGAGAUCAAAGCCGGAGUUUCGUUGAAAGAUCGUCAUGCAACAGAGCGGGAGUUCUUCAUGACCAGCCCAUGGAGCGAACUUCGCAAGGAUCGAACCGGAAUACCUGCACUCAGUGCAUUUCUGGCCCAGCUUCUCUAUGAACACAUUCGUCGCGAGUUCCCUUCCGUGGUCGAUGAGAUCGAGAAACAUUGCAAACAGCUCCUGGCCGAUAUCGAAGACUUGGGACCACCCCGUCAGUCGUCCAUCGAACAGCGACAAUACUUGACGCAAGUAGCUAGUCGGUAUCAGAAAAAAUUGGCUGAUUAUCUCAGAGGAGUCUACGAUGCUGACUUAUCCUCUGACCACCCGCUCAAGCUACGCAUGCACAUCAAGGAUCUCAAUGAUGCUUUUGCUAAAACGACGUCGAAACAAGGCCAUACCCGGGCAUUUCGAAAUACGGAUGAUGAAGAAGAUUCGGAAUACCACUUCAAAGGCUCCGAAAAGAGUAGCAUCUAUGACUGUAUUCGAACUUCAUAUCUUGAAGCCCGCGGUAGUGAGUUACCUGGAUGCGUCAAUCCGGCCGUCCUCGAGAAUUUGUUUCGGCAACAGACAUUCAAACGGCAGGAAAUUGCAGAACAGCACCUGGAAAAAUUCAAGAUCGCCUUAGAGGUCGUCUGGUUCCGCUAUUGGACGACUCGGCCAGUCAAGCUUAUCACACCCUCGGACUUUUUCUGA